AUGUUGUAAACCAAUUCCAAUAAGCUAAAUAACUUAGAGAAACUUAUCAAACUUCUCUCAAAAUCCAAUAGAGAUUUUAAUGAGAAUGAAAUCAUUCUCUAAUUAUUAUUAUCAUAUCAAUAUUUUAAAUAUUUUUAUGAUAUCCUUAUUCAACAUUUACCAUUGGAUCGCAUCAUAUUAAUGAUGGAUUCAUUAAAAUUAGAAACUUUUAAAGAAAACUCUCUAAUAUUUCAAGAGAAGGAACCUUCGAACUCCAAGAUUUAUUUAAUCUUGUCUGGUUCAGUCUAUUUGCUAAGAAAUAAACCCUUGCAAUAGUUUCAAUUUAAUUCCACAAAUUCCAACUAUUAUAAUAAAUAUGGUUUUAUCGUUAGGGAAUUGAAAGCCGGAGAUGGUUUUGGCGAUAAAAGUUUCUUGACUAAUUAGCCAAGGUCGUUAUCGGCGAUAUCAAAUGAAAAAUCACAAUUAUUGAUUUUGGAUAAUUCGUUUUUAAAGGGAUUCGAGUCGGCAAUUAAUUAGUCAUAACACAAAGCGAAAACCUUAAUCUUUAACUUUUUUCCAUCUAUUAAGUUAAAUUAUUCUAAUGCCAGACUUGAGUCUAUCUUUUAUAGUUUUUAAAGCAUUUAUUUAGCACGUGAUGAGAUACUGUUUGAGGAAGGUAGUAAAGGAAAUGAAAUUUAUAUUUUGUAACAAGGAAACUGUAUGAUUCUAAAGAAGUUCCAGAAUGAAAAUAUUUCAAUUGCAAUUCAAGAUAAUAAUUGUUUAUUUGGAGAAGAGAUAUUUUUUAGUGAAAAAUAUGAUUACACUAUUAAAGUUUAAUCCCUUUAAUCGUGUUUUCUAAAAAUAAAGAUUUAAGAUUUUGUAACUUUUCUCCCAGAGGAAUGCAAAAAAGUGUUGAAAUCACAUUAUGACACCCAUAAAAAUGAUAGAUUUCGUUUAUAUCAGUUGGCUGUUGAAAGAUAUCAAAAAUAAUUAGAGGCUCAAAGAUUAAAAUUAGAAUCCAAGCAGUCUCAAAAAUUACAAAAAUAAUUAAAGAUGUAAAAUUAUUCAUAGAGUGAAACAGAGUUGUAGAUGAGAUUUGAUAAGGACAUCUCAAAUUUUAGAAAUUUUAUAUCUGUCAGAACUAGUUCUCUCUAUUUCAAUUCAACCAGAGGGUUCUAGGCUUAAAAAUUUAACAAUUAUUCUCCCUCCUUUAUAAUAGAUUAGUAAUAUAAGUUACUAAAGGAACCAUUAAAUCCAAUCAAUAGUCCUUUAGAUUUUGGCAAGGGAGAGGCUGAAGAAAUGAGAAAAAGAACUUAAGUGCAAUUGUGUGUAAUGAGUAUGGAAAAAAUCAAUUAUUUGAAUUAAUUCAAGUCACCCAAGGUGCAUUAAUUGAAAAAUAAAUUUUUAAAGACUUUUAAAUAACAAUAAAGGAAAUCAGUUUCAUAGAUGUCAAUUAGCACAGCAUUGACUCCAAAGAAAAGAUUGAGUUAUUUUUCACCAGAGGCGUCAAUGAUGAGUUUGGCUAAUUUUUGA